AUGGCAGAGCUUGAUUCUGUAAACGAAGCCAAGGUCAAGGAGGAGAAGAAGAAGCUAUGGAAAGCUGUUUUCGCUAUCUCUGGGAUUAUGAUCACUCUCGUCAUCUUCAGGUCAUUGCAGGAAAAGAUCAUGAGAGUGCCUUAUGAAUUGAAAAAAGAGUACUUUAAACACUCUUUGUUUCUAGUAUUCUGUAAUCGUCUCACUACAUCAGCUGUUUCUGCUGGUGCUUUACUGGUAACAACACUGAGUUGUAGUUAUAUAUAUUCAUACUAUCUUAAUGCUUUUUAA